CUCCUGAAUAGACAGACACUAUGGAAUGGCGAGAGAGAGGGAGAUUGACUCCCCAAGACAUAGGGACUUAGAUUCCUGAACUCGACCACUGUCUACGAUUCGAAGUGGCGGAUGGAUGGCUCUCUCUCCCGUUGCGAUGCGUUGCCCGUGACUCUCAUUUGGUUACAGCACAGCCCUUUUGCCGCGUCGAGGUUUGAAUUGCCAUUGCAAAAUGGCCGGGAACGUUGUUGGAGUUUAUGUCAACGGCCGUAUUCGAUUUUUGAACAAGCUUCUUGACGGUUUUUUGAAUGCGUUUCGGUGCAAAUUUGCGCCUUCGUGCCAACUCUUGCACGCCUUCAGAGACGUGCUAGGUCUCCGAGGACUUAAUAUUGGAAUGUAGUCAGUGAGAUUCAGGGUACCUGGUGAGGAGAGGAGGGUACAGCAGGGCCAAGUUGCGAAGAUAUGUGGAUGUUGCGAAAGCCGAUUGCAUUUGUUAUGCAGAUCGAUCGCAGCUGUGUAAAUUACUUCAACUGCCUAAGUUUGAUUGUGAAAUGUUGUGACCAUUCAGAGUUAGAGAUGAGUUGGAGUCGAGUUGUGUCCUAUUACAUUUGGAUGUGCGUCGUUGUGGUCGAUGUUAGAGUGCAUUGGAACAUUCUCUGGGUUGAAGAGUGGAGUAGUGUGCUUUGGUUGGCUAAUUUGGUAGCAAAUCGCGUCGGCGAAACCGAAUGUAACUGUUAGUGUGGGAAUGGUACAUUUCGUUGCCAGUGCAAAUUGCGAACGAGCCUUGCUUCUGUGUGCUCUUUUUUGAGAAGCUCCAGGAAAUUCGCAGUUAUCACGAUCAAAUGACUUCAAUUCGUGUGAGGAACCGCUAAAAUGCAUGAGACUUGGCACAUCAGUGCCGAGGCAGAGUGCUACUGAUUUUUCAAGUACACUUGACCUACGCACAUAGCAGGGUAGCUGGAGAGUCAAUGGUCAGGCUAGAGCUUUCAACUAAACAUAUGACUCCAAGAAGCGAAGAUGCAAGGAGUAGAGUACAAUGACACCGUACUUGAUGUUGAUCACAUCCUGUUGCUGUUUCACGGCCUUUUGUUAUAAUCUUCUCUAACAUCAUCACAACCCGAGCUUUUGCCUUAAUAACAUUCCUUCAAACAGCACAAAUUGGGCCUCCAGUUUUCUCCAACUAUUUGAAUCUCUAGUGUAGCUUUUAAGGCCACUCUCCUCGAAGUACACAGGUUUCAGUGGUUUUCAUAUGCGGCCACGUAACUGGGAAGGCCUUAUUCUAUCAAUUAGGAAUGGCAAUGGGGGUGGACUUAAAAAAUGUUGCUGAAGGGCCAACUUCUGGAGAAGAGGGCACCUCUUUGGCAGAAAAAGAAUCCUCUCAGGCCGUUCAAGUUGCCUUGAAUAUCCGGCCUCUAAUUGCGUUGGAGCGUGCCCAGGGCUGCAAAGAUUGUAUUACAGUCGUUCCUGGUGAACCACAGGUUCGAAUCGGCACUCACUCGUUUACAUUCGAUCACGUCUUCGGCAGCUCUGGUUUAUCUCUCUCUGGACUGUAUGAAAAAUGCGUGAAAUCGCUGGUGGAUGGCUUGUUUCAUGGCUACAAUGCGACCGUAUUGGCAUAUGGUCAGACCGGUUCAGGGAAAACCUACACCAUGGGCACUGCAUAUACAGUUGGGGGCAACAUUGACGGAGUUAUUCCACAUGCAAUGCAACACAUCUUCAAGCAAAUCGAGACUCUGAAGAUUAAAACCGAUUUCCAAAUCAGAGUGUCAUAUAUUGAGAUUUUAAAGGAAGAAGUUCACGAUUUGCUGGAUCCAAAUCCACCGGCCACAGAGGCCAAUUUUGGAGGGGGAUCGAAGCCCAUAACAGUGGGAAAACCUCCAAUUCAGAUUAGAGAGACAACAAAUGGAGGCAUAACUCUAGCAGGUGUUACGGAAACUGACGUGAAAAGUCUGGAGGAAAUGGCAGCAUGCCUGGAGCAGGGCUCGCUGUGUCGGGCCACUGCAAGUACGAGCAUGAAUUCCCAAUCAAGUCGAUCACAUGCCAUUUUUACCAUAACGCUUGAGCAGCGUCGGAAAUGGGAGAUGCUUCCUGAUGGAAAUAACGCACUCCUAGAGGAUUGCAAUGAGGAUUAUUUGUGUGCGAAGCUGCACUUGGUGGAUCUAGCGGGAUCAGAAAGGGCUAAACGAACUGGAGCAGAUGGACUACGAUUCAAAGAAGGUGUGCAAAUCAACAAGGGACUUCUAGCACUUGGCAACGUAAUUAGUGCUUUAGGGGAUGACAAAAAGAGAAAGGAGGGAGGUCACGUUCCUUACAGAGAUAGCAAGCUUACAAGACUGCUGCAGGACUCUCUCGGAGGGAAUAGCAGCACUGUGAUGAUAGCUUGUGUUAGUCCAGCAGACUCUAAUGCAGAAGAGAACUUGAACACUUUAAAAUACGCAAAUCGAGCGCGGAACAUACAAAAUAAGCCAAUGGUCAACCGAGAUCCUCUGUCCGCUGAAAUGCAGCGACUGAGACAGCAGCUUGAGCUGGCCCGGGUUGAGCUUCUCUGUGCAAGAGCUGGAGGAUUGUCAAGUAAUGACGUCCAGAUUUUUAAACAGAAAAUCGCAUGGCUCGAGUCUAGCAAUGUAGAUCUUCGUCGAGAGCUCCAUGAGGCUCAAGAGAAAAUUACCUCUCUCUCACGAGCUGCUUCGGAUUCGCGGCAUGAGCGAGAUAAGUUAUUAAUCAAGCUUGAUCUGCUACGGUCAGGGAAGGUAUUUGAGAAUGAGAAUACCACUCAGACUGAAGACCUGCUGAAGGACUACGCAAAUAGAAUUGAGGAGCUAGAAUCUGAGGUGCAACAACUUCAUCACGCGAAGUCAUCGUCUGGAAUCGCCACCACACCGCCCUACUCUGAUGUCUUUAAUGUUGUCAAGGGCAGCGCAUCUAAAGCCUCUCCUCGAGUUCCAGAAGUCAAUGGAGAUAUCUUAUCACCUGGUGAGGGUUCUGGAGAGGUAGAGGCUGACGUUGUUGCCAAGGAGUUGGAAUACACAUCAGUACAGGCCGACUUAGACAAAGAAUUGCAGGAAUUGAAUGAAUGCCUGGAGCAGAAAGAGGCAGAGAUGAAAUCCUUUAUUCGAAUUGAUACGCUAGUCUUGAAGCAGCAUUUCGAAAAGAAGCUGAUUGAGCUGGAGGAGGAGAAGAGACUCUUGCAGAAAGAAAGAGACAAGUUGAUGAUGGAGCUGGAGACCCUUUCCCAUGUAUCCGACGAAAGUGCACAGAAACAUCAAGAUGCUUAUACACAAAAAUUGAAUGAGCUGGAGACUCAGAUUGCGGACUUGAGAAAGAAGCAAGAGAAUCAGACUCAACUUCUUCGUCAGAAGCAGCGCAGUGAUGAAGCUGCCAAGGGUCUGCAAGAUGAGAUUGUUCGAAUGAAGACUCAAAAGGUACAAAUACAGCAAAAGAUGAAGCAAGAAUCUGAACAGUUUCGGUUGUGGAGAGCAUCCAGAGAGAAAGAGGUUCUUCAGCUGAAGAAGGAAGGGCGUCGCAAUAUUUACGAGUUGCACAAGAUUCAAGCUUUACACCUGCGCCAGAAAAUGGUACUUCAACGAAAGACAGAAGAGGCUGCAACGGCGAUGCGGCGUCUAAAAGAGCUCCAAGAGGCCAGGAAGUCCUCUAAAGACACUAUGCCUAAUGGCACUUCACUUCUCGCCGGUCCUUCAGCACAGAGCAAUGAGAAAUUAUUGCAGCAUUGGCUUGAACAAGAACUCGAAAUGGCACUUCGGGUUCAUGAAGUUCGUUCUUCUGCUGAGAAACAGAAGGAAGAACGUGCUGCGACAGCGAAGGAACUGAUGGAACUAAGACUACAAGCUGAUAGUAAACUUGCUUUUGCAAGUGAUCUUGAUGAGGGGUCCAACGCCAGACACGCCCGGAUCGCUUACUUAGAGAGCCUUCUAAGCUCCUCUUCUGGAGAUAUGGUGGCGAUGGCUUCACAGCUGUCGGAGGCGGAAGAACGUGAAAGAGCCUGCAGUGGUCGGGCACGUUGGCAGCAUUUGCGCUCCAUGGGGGAUGCGAAGAUCCUCUUACACCUCAUGUUUGAUGUCACAUCCUAUUCCAGAUGUCGGUUCAAAGAUCUUGAAGACGAGAACAAGGAAUUGAAGGAGAAGCUUGCAGAAGUCGAGGGCCUUCUAAAACAUGCGGAGGUGCAACGUCAGGAAUUUGAAAGACAAAAUCUGCUAGCAAAUCAGGCCUUGUCUAAGGCUUUGGUAGCAGCCAGCAAGUCGGGGAUUGAGAUCGAGAACAACGACAUUGGGAGCGAAGGUUCACGCAAAACUGAUGUGACUUUUGACAUUCGGAAGGUAUCGCGCGUUCCCUCAACAGUCCGGCACUCUCUUCUGGAAUCAGAUAUGGAUUUGUCGGAUUCGGAAUCAGAGUUUGAGAUUUGUACCAGUUUCUCCGACACCGAGUCAGACUUCGGAGAGAAUGACAAAUCUUACGAAAGACUUGUAGCUCGUAAGGCACAAUCAGGAACCCGCGCUCUCUUGGGUCGACGAAAGCACCCUUCUGUUAGCAGAAAAUCUAGCACUGACUCACAGCACCCGUUGCACUCGAGUGAGCUAGGUUCUGCGGAGAAUGAUCGUUUAAAUGGGUCAGGCUGUGCAGUCUUUUCCGAGAUCAAAGAGUCCAAGUUUGAUCAUUGCUGCUAUUGCUCUCCAUGGUCGGGCUGUAAAACCAAGAAAUGUGAAUGCAAAGCAGCCGGUGGUUUCUGCGGACCGGAGUGUAGAUGCAAAAUCGGUCGAUGUGCUAACCGCUGGGAGAUUGCUGCGGUUGGAGCGCCACUGCUGUCCGCUAAUCCACUAGCACCUGUUCAAGCAGAGAUGACAGCGGCCAUGGGGGGUCUCCGAGUUGAUGAGACACCGCAGCAGCGAUGCAUACUCAGUGGGGAUCUCAAAACUGAGAGAGAGCAGCCAGGCAGUCCAUCUUCUGAGAUUGAGCAAGCUUUGGUGAGGAAGGGAGUGCCGUUAUUGGAUUCGGCAUGGAAGAACAGUCUACACAGCAGUCCCCUGAGUCCUGAAGAGCAACAAUAUUCUGAAGCAACGGUGUCCCUUGGGACAAGAAAUAAGAGAAAGAAAGAUGAGGUUGGGACCAAAAGACCUCGUCGACCACUAUCAGAUAUCGGAAAUAAUAAGAUAUUGUCGAAGCCCCGCAUCGAUCGCCCCCUCUUGAAAUCUAGACGAACGGUCCCACGUGGUUUAAUUCAUCUAGUGUCCGUCCCAUCGCCAGCUCCGCAGCAGUCAGCUGCCAUCGCCGAUGCCACCACGCCACCAACAACUCCUGCCCUUGUAACUGGGGCUGCUGCUUUAGCAGCUAAUUCCACGGCGUUUGUAUUCAGGUCCACAAUGCGGUCAGUACGAGGCCGACUGAGCGCUCCAGAAAACUUUGUUCCUUCGUUGAAAACGAAAGCAGUCGAUUCGAUUAACAGCGCAGUUUUAGGACCGCGGGAGCAUGUUGUACCUCCUGGGGUACAUCCUUCUCUUCCAAGGACUGGCCACAGCCCUUUGAGAGUGCGGUCGGAUUCGACCUGGAAAAACGUCGAAGUUGAUGAAUCAACACCCAAAAGUAGGCGAAGGGAAUUCAGCAGUGGCCACAGAAGGGAGGGUGCGGCGGGUGACAAAGAGAAUUUUCGAAUGAACUCGCGAAGAUUGUAACGAUUCGAGCUGUAUUUAGUGUGAAUUUGUAUUUAGUGGGCACAACUGACCUACAGAAAUCGUAGAAAGUACGUUUUCAGUUGGAGUGAACCUGUAUUCGGUUCUUAGAAAAUCUUAUGACUCCAAUUCAACAUUCGUACAUUUAAUUCAAUCACCUUCUUUGUGAUUCCAUUCUACCCA